AUGGGAAACGUCCCGACCAAAGACCAGCGUGCAAGGCUGCUGUCAUUGAAUUCCAUCGGCUCUGGCUCCACGGUGGGCCGCCUGACCCGAAGAAAUACUACUCUGUCGCUAAUAGGAGGCUCCACCAGUCACUUGAGUAAUGGGCUCUUUGCCGCCGCCAAGGCAAAUUCCAAGUCAGAGGACAAGAUGAAAAUGAGGGAGAAGCACUGUCUUGACUUGAUUGUGCGAAUCCAUGAGAAUGUGGAUGGUGGAUACUUGGCUCCCUAUGGAAUUUACAAGCUGAAUCUCGAUUACAACACCGAGAUUGUACGCGGUCUUGUGCUUUCUCGGCGACUUGCGCCCUUCUACACGCCGCUCCAGGACUUUGACGAGUCAUGGACCGACGAUGAGAUCGCCACCUUGGUUCGUCAGAUGCCUCUCCAUGCAUUAGACUCGGCGUUCGAUGACGAGGAAGAGGAGGACGAUGCGGAUGACCACAAGAUCCACAAAUCGCUGAACCAUUUCCGACGGCAAGAGCUGAAGAGGCGCCAUCAGGAGCUUGCCGCCAAAAUGAAGGAAGUGCAGCGUCAGUAUGAGAAUGAAUACUUGCAAUGUAAAGAGGCAAGUGAUCCAGACGUACCAUCAAAAGACUUGCUAUUGCGGUUGUACAGGGAUGCCAGCGAGUGUCCUAUCUGCUUCUUGUACUUUCCCCGGAAUUUGAACUAUAGUCGCUGCUGUCGCCAACCGAUUUGUACUGAAUGUUUUGUUCAAAUCAAACGUCUCGAUCCGCAUCCUCCACACGAUGAUCCGAGCGAAGAGAAGAAGGAUGAACUUCCACACACACUUAUCUCGGAGUACGCCAAUUGUCCUUACUGUGCCAUGUCCAAUUUUGGAGUGACUUACGAGCAUCCCAUCGAUUUAUUGGUGGGCAUGGGAGCAUCCAUGUCUGCUAAGGAUUACAGGGAGAGACAGUCCAUUGACGUGAUCCCCGAAGGCGAAGAGACUGGCGGAGAGCACGCUGUUAUUUCAUCAGACGAAACUUCACGUCCUAGUAGUCCCACCAAGGCUACACCAUUCACACCACGCAAGCCUCGUCGCCGCUCGUCGGUGGCGGCAGACGCUGAAGGAGUUAUUACUACAGAUUAUAUAAGGCCAGACUGGGAACAAAAGCUCGCCAGUGCAAAGAGCAAGCUAGCACGUAAGGCAGCCACUGCCAGUGCUAUUCAUGCUUCGAAUUUAAUUCUUGACGAAGGAAGCGGGUCGCGUGAGUCGCAACAGCAGUAUUUGAUGUCAUUGGAAGACCGGAUGAUAGAAGAGGCGAUGCGCCUUCUGAUUUUAAGUGAGGAAGAGCGCAGCCGUCAAGCUUCGAAGAAAUAG